UGAUAAUAGAUUAUGUAAAUUCAAAUUUUUAGUCUACUGUCCAGAUGAACAUUUAAACUUGUAAAAACUAUUACGACUACAGUUUUGAAAUGUUCGCAAAAAUUAAAUGAAAGAUGGGGUAAAAAACUGUGACUAUUACAUCUCUACCGUUGACAUUUUAAUCAUUUUACAAUGAUGUGGUUAUUUGAACUUUACAAUCAGUUUUGUCAUGAUAUUUUAUUGGAAUAUAAGUUUGUCAAAUAUCUAUAAAGUGGUAAGUUUUAAUUUAUUAUAAUAUAGUAACUAAGUUAGUUAAAACUACAAUUUAUUGCAAUGUUAACUAUUGUAUGUUUUUCAAAAAUGUAUUAAAAAAAAAAUUCCAAAUAUCUUAAAAAUAUUCAAUUAUAUCAAUUUUAGAAUUGUUAAUUUCAUAUUAGAAAUUAAAAUUGUAUGUUGAGUUAUAAAUGUUUUACUGGAGCUAAUAUUAUUGGAUGCAUUUUUAAAUAAUAAAUAGGUAGUCUUUUUAUUUUUUAUAAGGCACCUAUCUAUUUCAUGUAUCUUUCCCAUCUAUAUUUUUACAAACGAAAGAAAUAAUAGUCUGUUUUCAAAAAAUUUGUUAUUUCUACAUAAGCUAGUGGAUUUUACCUAUAAAUGAUACCAUUUUGUGCUAGUGUUCCACAUCAUUUAUAUCACUGAAUAUUUACUUUUAACUUAGAAGGAGUUCUCAAAUAUUAGAUACAAAUAAUCAGCCACCUAUAUUAUUAUUAGAGAUAAACAGACUUUUUAUGUUUAUUUUAAAAUUGAUGUGGCUAUAGAUAGGUAUUUUUAUUAUUCAUUGAUUUGGUUUAAAAUAAACGGCAAUUUAGGUAUUAUUUUACUAACAACUUACUUACACUAAUUUAUAGUCUUGAUUUCUAGAUUAAAAUAAAAAAAAUUAUUUAUGAAUUAAAAUAAUAUAUCAAUAACUAACCAACUUACCUAAACUGUUUCCUUUUUUUUUUUAAUCAAAUAAUUAAAUUGAACUAAUUAAGUUACGAUAAAACAAUUUAAUAUUGAUAGUUAUAUUUAUUUAUUAAAAAUAUCAGUUAUACCUAUAAUAUUAUUUAAUUUUUUUUUGUUUAUCUCUUAUUAAUAAGCACUUCUAGUAGGUAAUAAAACAUUAAUGAUGUAGACUAACUGUCUGGCGUAAAUUAAUUUAAUUUCUGUAAUAAAAAGUUUAUAACUUUUGUAGUUUCUGUUACAAAUAUUAUCAACGUUUUACUUUUAAUCAAUUGCAAUGUACAGACACACAAAUAGUUAAAUACAAAUUUAUAUUAUUAUGGUAUUUUAAAUUGACAUUUUUUUUUUUAAACAUAAUUUUGCAUUUUUAUUAAAAAUUCCAUCAAUAGAUUUAUUAAAAGUUUAAAUACAUUUUAGUGAUUUUUAAUUUCCACCAACCCGUUUAGGAGAUAUUUCACUUUUAUGUUUCGGUUGGCGCGAGUCUUGGAGCACUAUGAAAACGUCACUUGCCACACAAAUGAUGAUUUUUAGAAUGUUAACCUUAAUAUUUUAAAGUAAAAUAACUCGGAAAAUUGGUUCAAAUUUCGAUUACGAUACAUCAACGUUUUCAGAAAAUCAUCCAGUUUACAAUUUCCAUUACACGUCGGUUCUUAUUUGAAAAACCAAAGUUGGUAUCGUCACUUAAACGUUGUGAAAAAUCUGAGUAAUCUGAGUGAGUAUAUUCAAGAAUAUCGGCUCUAACUAGGUACAGUAAAAAAUUCCAAAAAUCAGAAUUUGAAUAUACUCAAAAUUUAACGAUAAAAAUGGUGUGCGCGUGCUUAAUGAAUCUCACCUCGUAUUAUAAAUGCCUAGAGGAUAGAAUUUCAUAAUAAUAAUUUUAGGAAAAUGAAAACAUGGUUUUAAAGUUAUGUAUUUUUUUUUUAUUCACAGUAUUACAAUCGGUAGGUUUAUUUUUCAUAGUAGGCCAAUUUUUGAUUAGUUUUCGAAUCAAUAAACUAUCCGGUAGGUAUAGUUGGUUUCUAUGGUGAUAAUUUUUGUUUAUAUAAUAUACAGUACCUAUACGUAUCGUGCGUCCAGAAUAAUGAAUAUUUAAAAAAUAUUAUACAUACAUCAACUUUAUCAUCCGUUACGUUUUCGUUUUAAAUUAUAGGUACUUCGUUAAAAAGUUAAAUGCAAAUUAAUUUGUCAAUAUUUUGUUUUUUUUAUAAUAUAUAUAUAUAUAUUAUAUAGUUAAUUGUACUAUAUAGGUGCAAUCAGUAGCGGACUGUACCGGUAAUCAGAAAAAAAAGACAAUCCGUAUACUUUGUACUUUUAAUUCUUUUUUUGUUUUUCUCCGACCAACCAUUAAUUUUCCCACCAGAAAAGUUACUGAAGUUAAAAAUAAGUUGAAAAAGUUUUUAAUAAAAAAAAAAAAAAAAAAAAAACAAUAAUAAUAAUACAUUCAUUACUAUUAUAAAAGUACAAAAUGCUAUUGCUAUUAUUAUAGAAUUAAUAAUAUAAAUAAUAAUACUUAAUGUAACUAAUUAUAAUAAAAUAAAUAAUCGGCUUUUUUCCUACAUUCGAUUGUGCCACCGGGAAGCCGGAAAGUUUCCCGGUGGGCCGGAGCCCUUUCAUCACUCUAUAAAACUGAUUUUACGCUUAAAAUUGUUCUUUUUAUUUUUUAUUACCUAUGGCGUAUUGUGACGUAUACGUCUUUGAUAAUGAGGAGAAAAACGAUCACGAUUUGAGAUGCCCGACGAACAAUAUGACAAGGCGGUUAAAUGUGUCGUGUCCGUAGAUAUAUUACAAAACAAUUAAUAAUUGGGUCAGUUAAAAUUCAAAAUCCGCCGCUGGGUGCGAUAAUUUAAUUGCUAAGCGAUGGACGUAUUUGUUAAUGAUUAUUGGUCAUAAAAUAUAAACCAAACAAAGUACUCAGCUAUAAACCAUCGUAAUACGCAUGCUAUUCUGCAAUAUUUUUGUAUAUGUGGUACGACUUAUAUAUAGUGUGUAUAAAUGUGUGUGAUGCCUACGAAUUUACUUUGGAUAUAUUUUCGAGAGUAAUAAUAAUAUGAAUAGCAUUAUCGUUUUAUCUACACAGCGGUUUUUGUUUUUUGUAUUUUCUAACGUGGAAUUCCUAUACAUUAGCAUUUUAAGCGAUCGGAAUUCCAAUACGUUACGUGUUGAAGUGACUACGUGUUUCGUUUUCUAUGACCCAUAUCGUAUAGUAACGUAACGAGCGUGUAGUGUAAUUCGCCUUGCUGGAUUUAUUCCGUAACAGGUACUCCCUUGCACCGAAUUGGUUGUUUUUUUUUUUAUAUACAUAUAGGUAGGUAGGUAGGUAGGUAUAUAUUAUUAUACCCGUCAUUUAUUUACGAUUCACUCCGUAGCACGGUUCCUCGAUCCUUUUAUCACGGUAUACAUUAUUUAAUACUAAUACGUUUUAGCCGAGGUUUAAGCUUUCCCACGGAAUGCUAAACAUCAGAUUAUAAUGUACAAAAAACCAGACAUAUUAUAAUUGGUUGAACAUUUUUUUUUUUUUUCCAGUGAGAGAGGGUCUUUAAAUAAAAAUUUUAAAUUGUACUAUAAUUUGUUUAAAAAGUUCAAAACAGUCAUUUUGUAAAAUUAAUUUUUAGACAAUUUUGGUGGUUGAAAAUUUUGUUGAAAUAUGGUCUUUUAUUUUCUGCAAUUACUUAAAAAUUUGAAUAAUUUUCUUUUCAAACAUAGCAAUAUAUUGUUUAUCAACACGAAUGACCAUUUUCCUACUACCUAAUACUCAUAAUAUGAUAAUAUUAUUGCAUGAUAUUAAAUGGAAAAGAAAAUCCUUGUCAUGUGCCUUGAAUUUAUUAAAUAUUGUAAUGGAGUAACCACAAUAGGUAAUAUUCACAUUAGCAAAAACUUCAACAAAUUGUAGAAAAUAAAAGACCAUACUUUAACAAAAGUUUCAACCACCCAAAAUUUUCUAAAAAUCUAUUUGAAAAAAUAGCUAUUUUGAAUUUUUUAAAAAAAAUUAAAGUAAAGUUUUAAAUUUUAGAUUUUUAGUGGAGCGAAGAUGUUUAUUUAUUUUAUUUUUUUAUCUGUUCACAACUUUUCUAAAACAAAAUCGGCGUGGGAAGAUACUUUGAAAAGGUCAUUUUUCGAUUUUCUCAAGAGUUUUCUCAUAAAAUUUGGUAAACCGAAAAAAAAAACGGGAAAAUGUGCAAAAUGUAGGUAUUAGUUAAAAUAUAUUACGGCCUUCUGUUUUUCCGUGCACAACUUUUCUACUAGCAAUUUCGCUCCAAUUUUUAAUGAUAGCAAAGUUUCUAAAAGAUAAUUUCACUAGGGAGGUACUUUAGUGAGGUCAUCGAUUUUCCCACGCGUUAAGCAAAUAUGAAAAUUGGGAUAAAACAUGGUAAAACCGGGAAAAACGUAAAAAAACUGGGAAAAUUGGUACAACAUUAAACAAAUAUUAUUAUAGAAAAUGUAUAAAGCCUAUUUAAUUAUUUUACUAUAAAAUGACAUAUAUAUUGUUGACAGAGCAUUUCUAUCAAUUGAACUUCGCUCAGAAUCGUUUUUUCGUAAGAAAUAGUUUUGUCGUUGCUUGCAGAUAUAAAUUAAAUUAUUCAUAACAGUAGCUGUACUUAUCCCCAUUAAAUUAAGAUGUCUUUUUUAUAUUUCAAUUCUCCUUUCUCCUAAAAAAAAAAAAAUGUUCAUACAUAAACUGUUGCUCAAAGGCAUACCAAUUUUUUAAAAAAAAAUAUGUAUACAAAUAUUGAAUAGAACCAAAGUUAUUUCAAGGUGUAGAUCAUCGUGGGACACUCUGUAUAUAGUUGUAGUGUUUAUUCGCCUCGUAGCUAACCCAGAAAUCGAAAAAUCCAAAGUGUCAGCAUUUACUGAUUGGUUUUUUGAUUUAUUUAGAAAAACUGUUGGAAAUGUAGAAAAAUGUUUCUCGUAAAGUAGCGCCGCUCAAGAAAUCCUCUUUUAUCAGAGUAAAAAUAUCUGAGCAUAUUAUGCACAAAAAAAAAAAUGUUUUUCCGUGGACACGUAUCUUGGUGAAACUAUAAUAUAGCUCCUCGGCAAACUCAAGAUGUUAAAAAAAAAAAAAAACAUUGUAUAAGUGUACAUAGAAAUAAUUCUAUGUAUUUUACACGUUUUAGUUACAUAUUAUACAAAACUGGCUUAAAAAAAAGAAAAACAAAAGAUAGUUACUAUAAUAUAUCGAAAUCGUGUAUCGAUUUUUAUAUACAAUAAAUAAUAUAAACUAAAAUAAAUUAAUGUUUUAUACAAUAUACAUAUUGGUUACGUACUUAUUAUUAAAAUUACGGUUAUCAAUGAUGUAAGAGGCCAAAAAAAUUGUAUAAUAUUAUGUCGCGCAAAGGGGAUUCCCGUUUCCGUCAAAAUAACAUUGGCCGAUUCCGUCACAGCUUUUUUCCGCCAAAAACAAAAAGUGAUACGAUUCCCGUUUCCGCCCAAAAAAAAUUUUGGAAACCAACGAUUUUAAUUUAUAUUGCUGUAACGUACAGCAUCUAUACAUAGAUUAAUAUAGUUUAAUGUAACUUAUUGUGACAAAUCAAUAUCAUUUAAUUGAUAAUUUAAUAAUAAUAUAAAAAAUAUUGCCAAGAGCAAAAGUUUUAAAGAGAUUAAAAACUACCGAAGAAGCAAUAUUGUAAAAAAAAAAAAUCGAUUGAAAUUAGUAUAAUUAGAAGGUUGUUAAAACGGUUUCAUUCAAUUAUGCGAUUUUUUAAACUUUUACAAUAUUAAUUAUAUUUAUUGAAUGUACCGAUUUAUAAUACUACUCGUAUUAUUACUAUACCAAAUGAUUUAUCAAUAUUACUUCUAUUGGGUAUUAUUUUACUUUGACCUUUUGAAAUAUUUAAAUACAAUGGAUAUUAUUUGAUUUUUUUUUUUUAAAACUAAUUUUAUUGUUUUAUUAAUGACUAUUAUUGACUGUAACGAAUUCUAUUACUAUCACUGCAAGGUACCUCUAACUUUAGGUGCGCGGUUCCCAAACAAUAUUUGGUGGAAACGUCUCUUUACAAAAUAGAUUUUGGCCGAAACGGGAAUCCUCUAUGCCAGUACAAAUAGCACAUUCUACAGCAUUAGGGUUGUUUUUUAAAAAAAAUUUUAAAAUACCGCUAAGAUCGUGUUUAAGGAACAAUUGUAGUUUUUUUCGUUUUACAGCUAUUAUAAAACACGUUCAUCAUUUAGGUAUCACUUUUUGGUUCCUUUUUUACUUUUUGUAAUUGAUAAUAUGACUCGCCAUUUAAGUUUUUUUUUUUUUUUACGGUAUUGACUUACACCGACUAUUUUUACGGAUAUCCUAACAAUAUUAUUCGGCAUCUAUUGAUUUCGUUGAAAUUUCCUCAUCAUUUACAACGGGUUCUUCGCGUAAAAAACAAGUUAUAUUCGAAUCGAGGUUUAUUACUAUUGUUUUGAACGAGUAUCGUGUCCCAAAGUAGGAAUUGUGAUAUUUGUGAAAGAAAACCGCAUCUACAGUUGAAAAUAAAAUAUAGGUACGGUAAUAUUAUAGUUUUAGACUCGUAAUACCUAUUCGGUUGGUUCGGAAAGUCGACCCAGUACCUUUAUACCCAACGGACUCGUAAAACGAUUUCAGGAGAACGACACGGUGGACUUAUAACAUUUGCCUUUUGGCCUAUUAACCUCUCGGUGUAUUUAUACAUGUGUGUUUUUUACCUAUUGAAACGUAGUGUACUUGUUUUUCUGGCACGAUAACAUUACCUUAUCCAAUAUAUUAUUUACGUAAUCGAUAGGUAUUUGUAAGUUGUAGUAAACGAAAUACGGCAGCGGGUCCCAAUAGGCAAAGACCAUUUCGCUUUUCGUCAGCACGGUGUGUAAAAACUGUUUGAUCGAUUGGCCGGCCGCGGUGGUCAUCCGGGUGACGGUUUCGUACGCCAAUUCCAUCGCGUAAUACCUCUCGGUGAUUUCGAUUUCGGGUUCGUAGCAUAUGCGAUGCGGCGGCGUUGGAUACAAUAUCCGUUCGAGAUUGCUCGUGUAGGACGUGUACGACACCGGCACACCAACGUGGCACCCCAUCGGUAUCACCUUCCUGGAGGGCGAUACGCAAACGCUAAACAUCAGAAUGCCGUCAAAAGCGAACGGCAACGUGCCGACGAAACGGGUUACCCAGUCGUCUACCAAUUGGUUCGGCGUGACGGCAUGAACGCUGCUGUUACCGCGCCUACACGUCACGUUGCCGAUGACCAUCCCGUCCAGGACGGUUGUGCACGUCGUGUAGUACGUACCUGGACAAUUUUGCACCAGCAGCCACGGGCUGUCGUCAGACACCGGGCCGGGCAACUUCAGUGACUUCCUGUCGGCCGGCAGCUGCAAGCUGUGCCGGGACUUGCAACCGGACAGCCCGACGUUGACGAUGAAAUGCCUGUCGGCCCGGAAUUGUACGUUGUCGUAUAGUUUUACGAUGUCUUCCUUGGAACACACCGUCAAAUGUUUGGGCACCGGCAGCCCGUGGGUGUUGCACUGCCGGAACACCUCGGACAGGUCCCCGAGCACCGACAUGGCAUCCAGCCCGGGCGUGUGGCACCGGCACCCCAACAGUUCCAGAUGAGACUUGGCGACCGCUUCGUGAUACGAUGACACCGUGGUGCCGGUGGGCACGUAAAAACUGACGCGUUCCUUCUCGACGAUCUUCCUCAGGGCGUCCACGUACUGGACACAGCUAUCCUCGGUGGGUCGGGGAACGGUGUAAUAGCCGUCGGCCGCUACCGAGAACGACGUCAGCUCCGCGCGACCGUCGAUCUCGCAAACGAUCACCCGGGCCCCCGUUUGAUAAAAGUUUCUGGCCAUGUGCAGCGCUUGUACGGUGCUCGCGCCGCUUAUCAGCACGGUCCGGUGUCGACGCUGCCGUCGGUGUACCGUCAACCUCAACGCCACUCUGGCCGUGACGAACGGUAUGCGGGUGCACGACCAGGCCGAUCGCAUGCCGAAGCGCAGCCACAUGGACGGGACGCGGAACAGUAGGACGCCGACCCACCGUAGCCCGACGAUCGCCUUGAUCAGGCCCCAGAAGAAGGACGCGGCCGACCGUUCGGUGGCGGCUAUUACGUUCUGGGGCUCGAGCAGGCGACCCGGCGGCGGGGACGUACGCCUGUCCAGCAGGUAGAACGUCGAGGACUUGGAACGUUUGAAACUGUUCGACGGCGAGACGGUCGGCGACGGAGUAGAGCCGAAGCCCGGCGUGUCUCCGCCGCGCGGGUUGUAAUAACGAUCGCCGGAAAUCGGCGCCUGGCGAACCGUGUCCGGCAUCGUGAACACUGAACUGACGGACAUUUACUACCCGUGCCGGUUGUCGGGCCGGCAAAACCGGCGAGCCCGCGCAUAUAAAAAUCGGUCGAUUUGACGGUCCAAGUUCCGAACCGCAUAUUAUACGAUAUUGUGUAUUUAUUGAUAAUAAUAAUUUAUUUAAUAUUAUUAAUGAGUGUUUUAAAGUAUAUUAUCGGAUUUUUAUUGUUUUAUUGCAGACCGUUUGUGCGCUCAACCUUUGAUUUGUAUAGCGCUAAAUAUAAACGUUGAUAUCGAAAACAAUAUGCAUAAACGAAAUUAUCACGUUUUACCCGCGGUCAUACCUACCGGCGUCGUAAUUGGCACGUAAUCCAACCUUUAAUAAUUAAUAACACCUAUUAUAGGAGGCACCUACGAAGUCGCGUCCAAUUAUUCGUAUAUAAAGAUUAACACCUAUAUACGUUUUACCCGAGGGCAAAACUUUUAUCGUAAACGUUGUGGUAUUCGUGUAAAUAUAAAUUGUAGACUUUAUGCGGCGAGUAUUUAAAAAGAAAAAAAAAUACAACAUCGUAAGUUGUAGAGGUCAAGUACGAUAUUUUUUUUAAUUUUCUGAACGAUGCGGUUUUUAUUGUUUACUCGGAUCGUUUCAUUCGUUGCGAUCGUGUUUAUUUGUACGGUUCAAACGUGAUGUCCGUCAUGUACACCUCUCGAAAUUAACAUCAUGUUUGUACAGAAACACCUAUCAAUGUGUACACACGCGUCGAACGAUAUUACUGUUAUUGUUAUUAGGUAACGACAUAGAGCCAUAGUCGCAGAUCAAUUGUUCACCGGUGUGUGUAAUUUGAACUCGACUAAUUAUUUGUUGUUGUUUUUUCCCCCUAUCGAUAAAUAAUUAGGUAAUAGCGAAUAAACGCCGUCCGGAUUUCAAUGUAAUAAUGUGCAACAGAUACUUUUUUUUUUUAUUAUUUAUUGUUAACACAAAUAUUUUGAUACUUAUAGGCUAUAAUAAUGCUUACUUACUCGUACAUAGUAUUGUAUUUCGAUAACGGAGACAAAUAGACGGUUAUUGUAAACCGUCGAGAUUAAUUAUUGAUUAUGAAUUAUGAAUUAUAAAUCGUAUCAAUUGAACGGGCUUUGUUAUACAACCAAAACAAACCGUACAUUACGAGCGAUAUUAAUAAAACGGUACCCAAAAAAAAAAAGUUAUCGGCGCGGUUCGUUCUACAGAUUUCCCUCUAUACUGCUAAAAGAAUCGUGAGUUCAGCGUAGAAAAAAAAUUGUCAAUAGCAUACAAAUCCGUAUGCUUCCAGGUUUCUGAAAAUUCUGAAACAACAAUACGAUGAGACACGUGUGUAUAGAUGCACAAAGUUAUGUGUUUACUACUGGUUAGGUUGGGUGAACUGCAUUUUUCACGUUUUCUAAUAUAUUAUGUACCCGAGGCGCCAAAUUAUUUAGACAUUUUUCGAAAUAUUUUACGUUCGCAUACUUAAAUAGUAUAUGUCGCUCAACUGUAUAUAUUUCGGAACGUACAGUAUGAUUACUAAUUACAAUACAUACCCGCAUUGCCGGAAAUUGCAGGGGGUGCUUAGGGGUCAAGCCUGCUCAAAAAGUAUAAACGGAAAAUCAGCCCUCCUCAAAUUAGUAAUGAGUAAUUUGAAGAGAGACUAAUUUCUCUGUUUAUUCGUUUUAAGCGGGCUUUUGACCCCAAAAGCUCCCCUCCAAUUAACGCCAAUGCAUGCCCGAUGCAUUUUAGGCAUUUUAGUUUUGUAUAAUUUACGAAAUUAAUAAAACAGUUGUGCAUAAAAUCAGUGUUUGGAAAAUUAAUUUUAAAAAGAAAUGCAUUCCACAUUCACAUUCACGUUUUAUUCUAAAUAAUAAUAAAAAAAAACACUGCAAACUGCAUAUUUUUCCUAUAAAUCGUAAACAAAAAAUGUGUCUUAUGAUUAUUACUAUAUUGCUAUUAAUUUAUUAAUGUUCACUUACCUACUAAUUAAUUUUUAAAAAAAGCUGACAUACUUCGCACGAUGAGUGGACCACGGAUAGUUGAGAAGUUGGGAAGGUGGAACAUAUAAUUUUAUUUUAUUUAUAUCUGUAACCAACAAUAAACCAUUGCUAACGAAAAACAAUUCUGGGCGGAAUUCGGUUAUACAUAUUUAAAAGACUGUAAUAUUUACGAUUUUCGUCAAAAUUUAAUACUAAAAUUCCUUUAAAAAAAUUCUAUAUUAUACUCAAUUUUUUUCACAACUAAGUACAACUUACAAUGAACCUCUUAUCCAAUUUACAAAUAUGUCUUUUUGAUCCAAAAACUUUAUCUACAAUCUAUCUACCAAAUAAAAAUUACGUAAAAACUCUCAAAUUUAAAAUGUCUAAAAUAAAUAGUUCAAAAAUUGCUCAAAUUUUUUGAAAUUUUACCUCGUCUAUAAAAAACAAAUACAAGCUUUCUGUCCAAAUUUUAAGUCUCUACACAUACUUUUAACUGAAUCACAACAAAAAACAAAAUUGAAAACAAUACAUUUCGUAAAUUUUACCUUUUUUCCAGGCUUUCCCAAUUAUUAUGGAAAUCGCUUGGAAAAUGACUUCCUAAAAUAAACUAAUGUAUUCAUAAGUACAUUCUUUUCAAACACUGUACAAAAUAUAGGUAUAGCCGUAUAGGUAUACAUUAAUAUUCAUACGCAUUUAGAGAUUUCAUUGAUUCAUUGUCAGUAUACGAGUAAGUAUACGUAUUUUACUUUUCAAUUCAUAAUAUUAUGUAUUAUACUAACAGAUGGGAUUGAAAUAGGUACAGUUAUUUAUUAUUAUUAUUUUUUUAAUCUGAUGACAGUUUUACAAAUAUGUAUAACGAUUUAGAUAUAGUACAGUAUUUUAUAAGUGAAAAAGAAGAAGAAAAAAAAAGUACAACAAUCCAUUAGAGCAAAACUGCAUUAAAAAUAACACAGAAACGCAUUGCGUGGUCCGAUGACUAACAGAAAUCUAGUAGACUAGUAUUUAAAUUAAUUAGACGCAUAGUAAUAGUUCUUCAAAUAGGGCCGUAAAUUAAGUAAUAACUUUUGUUUGGUACUCAAACGAAAUAAAAAAUUGUACGGUAAAUUUCCGACGUAUUCCCGUCAAUUUCCCAGCAUAAAUGUACGAUACAUAUUUACGUUUUACUAUGCCAGUAAAAACGUAUAAUCUAAUAUAUUUUGAGAAAUAUUGGAAAUGGCGACAAAUCCUAGGGAUCAUUACAAUCAUAAUGAAUCUAUAAUUUUGUUUCAUUCUUUAAUACGUCGAAAAUAUUAAUUUUUGCUUUUCCUGUAAUAUACCUUUUUCGAUACACAACAAUAUAAUGUGUUACAUAUUUAUUUGUUUUCAGAUAAUUUCCGACGUAAAUAUGGAUAACUACGGACACAGGUAAGAUCAAUAUUACCUACCUAAUAUUUGGUAUUUUUUCCUAUGUAUUAGGAAAUAAUUUAAAAUAACACAGUAUUACCACAUAUAUGUUUUCUAUUUGGCAUUAACACUGCAUUUCCAGUGGCGGUUUUCACGAAUAGUCUUUACUUAUUCGUUAUUGUUGCACGCGCAAUGCAAUUUCUCAAUGCUUUAUAUACCUAAUCGCUUCCUGCUGUCAACUUUCAAAACUUUUAUGAUUAAUAUUGUGUGUCUAAAAGGCCGAAACUAUUUCACCCACAUUUUUCUUAGCGAGUAGUAAAAAAUAAAAAUAAAAAAUAAACAGCGCCUCAGUAUGAUGUUACGGGUUACCUUGUCACGUCGUUUAGCUUUAAACGCCACCACGAUAGAAUAUCCAAUAAAAACAAGGAAAUUAUCUGAUCAUAUACUACGUAAUCACCCUCGUUUAUUACCAUCGUCGUAAUAUUUUACCCCAAAUGAAAACAAUCAAUGACAGAAAAACGUUAUGAUUUAAUGCCGUGCCGAAAUAUGCAUAAGUCAUGCGAUCCGUAACUCCGCCUUUAGGGUUUACUGUCGUGUGUCAUGGAAUCCGAAGUGUCACGUGACGAGAGCAAUUUGUCUCCGUAUCUGUCGGCGAGAUCACGGUUACCCCUUUGCCUACCCGAAGACGCCAACAUGGAGAUGGCACUGGCACCUGAAUCCCCCAAAAUUGAACAACAGUCGCAAAAGACACUCGUUGUCGAGGUGGUGUCCCUAAGGCCGAUCGAAAAGUUCCGCAGGGCCGUUGCUAAAAUGCCUAGGGUAAGUAUAAAAUAUAUGUAUUUACAAAACUGUUAUAAAAGUUCAAUGGCUUAUCAAUUAAAACUCUAUAGUGGCCUGUGCCGUUACUACGUUUGACCUCGAAAGUAUUUAAAAUUUAUUUUUGUUUUGUAGGUAAUUAAUUAGAAAGUUUUUUUUUUUAAUCAGAUUUGCAAAUAAACUUUUCUAUGGUGAUGGUGAAACUUUGAAGUAUUUCUUUCAGUAGUUAUCUGUAAUAGUCAUUAUUUUAAAACAACUGCACAACAAAAUAUGCGGAAAUAUUUGUUUAAAUACCUAUUUAUAAGUUUAAAAUGUACAUUUUCAUUAGUUCUCCAAGAAAGAAACCGCUACGCAAGGGAAAUCAAAAAACGUCCCGAAAUUGGGCACUGAAACUAUAGUUCGAUUGGAUGGAGGGAGAACAAGUUUAAGAUUGCCGUCGACUAGUCGUGCACAAAAAUCUGAACCAAUGGAUUUAGCUCGGGAGAACCAGGUGUUGCACGAGCGCCUGCGGGAAGAGGCUGCUCGGUAUGACAGACGUUUGGAUACUUAUAAAGUAGCUCAACAGAGACAGGCUGUUCUUGUGAGCAGACUUCAAGCAAAGGUAGGUUAUUAAUUUUUACUCUGUUUAUUUUAACACUACCUAUAUUUAAUGUCGUUUUUAAAUUUACAUUUAAAUUUCAGGUAAUGCAGUAUAGAGAACGAUGUUCCGAGCUAGAAAGGGAGAUGCGAAAUAGUAUUCCAGCAAUUGAUAAUGUAAGAAGUUAUCGCGAUUCCACAAGAGAUUAUCAGUCAAUGGAUUUAGAUUCUGCAUUACGCGCUCUAGAACAAGAACGGACCAAGUACUAACAAAUCAUAUUUUUACUUAAAUAAAGAAUAAAAAAAAUGAAUCUAACAAUAUAUAAAAACAAAUUUUAGAUCCGAAAAAAUCAUAGAAUUGAAUUCUACACUUCGAGAACAAUUAGAUGAUGCUCAAGUAAGUAAUGAGACGUUGUCAACAGACUUGCAAAAAUUGACCAGCGAUUGGGAAAAAAUGAGAGACGAAAUGAAUGCUAAAGAAGACGAAUGGAAAGAAGAAGAACAAAUGUUUAAUGAAUAUUAUUCGUUAGAACAUGGUCGAAUGCUAAGUCUUUGGCAGGAUGUAGCUCAAGUGAAACGAAUGUUCACUGAUAUGAAAUCAUCAACUCAACAAGAUCUCAAUAAAAUCCGUAGUGAACUAUCAUUAGCAUCAAAUGACAUGGUUACUACUUGCAGUGGAAUAGUUAAUGCUGUUAAACGAUCAACUUACGCUGAGGUAUAGAGCAAAUUUACUAUUAAUUAAUUAUACAUUUAAUUCUUAUGUUGUCUAUUUUAUUUUAGGAAAAACAAUAUGAACAACUUUUAAAAGAAAACACAACUCUACAGAAUAAAGCUGAAAAGCUGCAGAAUGAUUAUGACACUGUUUGCUCACAGUUGCGCCAGAAAGAAAUGCAACUAGAAGAUCUUAAGGCCAAUCUAUCAGCAAUUGUAAGUUUAUUAGUAUUCAAUUAUUCAUUAAAAUAUAAUCAGAAUAUCUGAUGUCCACAUUGUGUCAUGUAAAAUUAUCACAUUUUAUUAGUCCUUACAAUAUUCUUAUGAAUAGUUUUUCUACUUUACUAUUGUUUUUAAAUAAAAUUGUUGGCCUUUAUAGGAAGAUAAAUGUAUGGAUGCUAAUAAAAAUGAAAAGGAGGCAGAUAAUUUGCGUAUUGAUGUUGACGUAUUGAUGUCUGGAAUGCAGGAAAUAGUUAAAGUGUUACAACAAGACAAAGAUAUUAUUAGUGAAAUCAAUAGACUUCCAGCUCCGCCUCAUGUUCAUCUUAGCACAGGAAUUAUCAAAUCUGAUGCAAAAUUUAAACCAGGAUCUGCCACUAGUAACUUUGUCGAUAGUACUUUAUCAGCCGUUCAGUCCAUUAUAUAUAGGUAUCAGUCAAACAUCCAUGAACUACAAGUUCAAUUAUCUACUUGUGUUGAUAAAAUGUCAGAGACAAAAAAACAUUGCGAACAAUUAGAAGUAUUGGAAAAAGACUUGCAAGUAAAAAUUGAAGAAUUGAGUAAAGAGUUAGACGAGUGUCGUACUGUCAAUAAUCAGUUGAGUCAUGAACGUGAUUCAGUUGCAGAAACACUUGAAAGACUACGAAAUGAGGCUCAAACAUUGCAACAAAACAGAAUGCAUGUCAGCGCUGUGGUAAUACACUAUUAAAUAAGAUAUAUAUAUAUAUAGAUAUUAUAAUUUAAUAAACUAUAAAAUAAGAGAUUUUCAUACAUUUUCAACUUUAGGUAGAAAAUAUGAACUCCGAUUAUGAUAAAAUACAAAAGGCUAAUAGUAAAUUACAAAAAUUAAAUGACACAUUGGAAGACGAAAAAAUGUUUCAGCGGGGAGAGAUAGAUCGUUUAUUAAAAGAAAUUGACAUUAGAAUGAUAACAGAAAAUGAAGUACAAGAUAGAUGUAGCUGUUUAAAAGAAGAAUUGAUUAUUCUUAAAGAAGAAUUGAAUCAAGUUUAUUUGGAUAAAGAACUUUUAGAACAACGUUGUCUUGAACUUGAACUUCUGCAAUCUAAAAUGGAAAAAAACAAAGGUAUAGUAUAUAAUAUAUAAUUAUAUACAAUAAUAUGUUAGUUAUAAUUACUGGGAAUAAUAUAGAACACUAAUAGUGUUAUAUCAAUAAUGUUUUGAUUUCCAAUUUGAUAACCAUAAUUGUAAUGAACAAUUAAAAUGUCCUUAAUUUAUACAUUAAAAUAUAAUGUGUAUAAGUAUAACCUGCCUUGAAGAAACCAUCACUAUAACUUUACUUUGAUAACAAAAAAUUACUAUUAUUAAAUUAUUAAUUCAUUAACACAAUAUUGUUAUAAGUUAUACUUUUGCAUUAAUAAAUUACAUUUAUGAAAUAAUUUUAAAAUUAGUAGUAAUUAUUAUGUAUUACAAUGUUCAGCUUUAAAUGUAAUUUUAUACUAAUCUUAGGUGAUCUUGAAUCUGAGAUGGAAAAAAUUGCAUCAGAUAGAACCGAUUGUCAGGAAUCAUUAGCCAAGGCUGAAUCACUUCUCUUGGAUGGAAAUACAGACAAAAUAAAAUUACAAAAAGAAUAUGAACAAAUAUGUGAAGAAAAAAAAAAUCUACAAAUUCAGUUAGAUGAUUUGUCUAGUGAUUUUGCUGCCCUAAAAAAAGAACUACUGCAAAUGGAACAAGAUAAACAGGAGUUAGAAUCAGAGCGGUUAAACACGACUGAAAAAUGGAAAGCAAUUUCAUUGGAAAAAGAAAAGGUAUGAAUAUUAAAAUUAUUUUUUAAAUAAAAUUACUCAACCAUCUCAGAGUUACAAUUUUAGAUUUAAAUUUUAAAUUAUAUUUCAAUAAUUUGGUUUGCUCAUUUAAUUUAAUUAAAAUAUAUUUAUGUAUAUUUUAAUUGAAGUAGAAGUGUUACUGUCAAUUUAAAUUUAAAUUUGUUAUUUUAGUUUUAAAUUUCGAGAUCAAUAAUUAUACUUAAAAGUAAAAUGUUUACAUCAAAAUAAAAUAGAUAAUUUAUAUAUAUUAAGAAAAAUACUCCUGAUUUUCUAUAUUUGAAGAUUUUACUUUUUACUCAUUUAUAUUUGAAAAAUGUAUUACUACUACCUAAUCAUAUAAUUUUUAAUAAAUAGAUAACCGUAUAAACAUAACUGUAUUGGAUAUUAUUGAAUAUAAAAUAAUAAAAUACAAUAAUUAUUAAAUAUAUAUAUUUUUUUUAAUGUGUAUUUAGUUAGAGAAUGAAUUAGAAGAACUUUUUAAAGAUAGAUCUCACUUAGAAGACCAGCUAGUAAAUGAAAAACAUAAGAAACAAUCUCUCAAUGAAGAGUUAAUGCGCUUGAAUCAAAAGAUUGAUCACACAAUGGACUCCAACUCUAGAAUAAAUAAUCAAUUUCAAAAUGUUGUAAAAGAAUGCGAAGAAAAACAGGUGUGGUUAUAUUUAUUAUGUAUAUUAAUUAAUGGUAUUUUUAUUAUUUUUCAAAGGAAUACAAUUUGGUUAAUUAUAUUUUUUAGAUCGCAUUAGACAAUUGUGUUAAACAGCUAAAUAAUUUGGAAAGACAAUUGUCUUCCCUUUGUGGGGAGAAAGAACAUCUUGAAACAAUGUUGUAUGAUGUUCAAAGUAAUUUUGAAGUGUCUGAAAAUCGAUGUAAACAAAUGGAACGUGAAAAACAAGAGCUACUAAUAAAACAAGUUAGAAAUUAAAUCAAAUUAUAUUAUAUAAUAUUGUCAUUUUUAAUUUUUAUAUUUAUUUUUUAUAAAUUUUAUAUUUUUAAUAUUUAUACUUAGGAAUCAAUGAAAGGUGAAAUAUUUCGUUUGUGUAAAGAUAUAGAAAGUUGUGAGCAAGCAGCAAAUCAUACAAGAUCAGAACUUCUAAGUCAAUCUAAAAAUUUAGAAUUAGAAUUUCAGCAGACUAUUGAAACAAUGAAAAAGCAGGCAGAAGAAAAUAUUAAAAAAUUAACAUCUGAAAAAGUAGAUAAUACAAAUAUUUAAUUUUUUCAUUUAUAUUUUUAUAGUUCCUGUAAUAGAUUAUUUGGUUUUUUUUUCGGAUUUGUAGGAAACUCUUAAAGUAAAUUAUGAAAGAAAAAUUCAAGAAGAUUUAAAUCGGUUAGGAAAAAAUAAAGAUUGUGAAAUCGAAAAACUAAAGCAAAAAUUAGAGGUGUUACAAAAAAAUAUUGACACAUUAACCCAGCAGCAUGAUGAAGCACUUCUAAGAGCUGAAAAUGAUAAACAACAAACUUUACUACUAGGUUUAUAAUAUAAUAUACUAAGUUACAUAAAUAUUAAUUGAAAUAAAAAUUAUACAUGUAUAUUUUCUUUUUAGUUCAUCGAGAUCAAAAAGCUAUUGUUAGCAAGUUAGAAAGUGUUAAAAAGGAAUUAGAAGGAGAAAAAGAAGGCUAUGAACGUUCUUUGAGAGAAAUGCGUGGAAAAUUAGAGAAUGAAAAGAGUUCGGUGAGUUCAUUGCGUGAACAAUUGGCUAAAGUGAAAAAUGAAUUAAAUGAAAUACGUAUACAAUCUGAAAGUGAAAAGUGUCAGUUAAUUGGACAAAUAGAUGAAAUUCAAACAGAACGAGAUAGACACAUACAAGAAUGUAUGGAAAUAAAAUCUCAACUUUGUAUGGCAGAAGAUAAACUGGAUAAUUUUCAAGCUCAUUUGAAUGAUAUCAGUAGAAAAUUAAAAGAAUGUCAGUAUUGUUACUAUUUAUUUUUUUAAAUUCAUUCACUUAAUUUAAUUUUUUUAUGCAGCUGAUUCUAUUGCUGAACACACUCGAAAAGAUUUGAUGGAAAUCAGAAGAAAUUUGAAUGAGACUAGUAUAGAAAAAGAAAAAUACCAAAUUUCAAAUAGAGAACUACGAGAACUUAUUAAAAAAUCUGAAACUGAUAAACGUGAACAAGGAAGACACUUAGAAGAAGCAUUACAAAAAAUUGCUGCGCUUGAGGAUAAAUGUACUCAAGUUGAAGGAGAACGUGCACGUUUAAAUGCUGAAACUAAAGAAGCUUGUAAAAGACUUGAAGAAUCUGAAAAAUCUUGUAAAGCCCUUCAAGAAGAUCUUAAACGAGCAGCUGUUACAGGAGAGUCUCGCAGAAAUGAACACAAACAAUUACAAACAAAAUUGGAUGCUGAAACUGAAGAAAAAGAAAGAGCAUGUGAACUUGUUCAACAACUUAGAAGAAAAGUAAUAUAUAUAUAAUAUAUUUUUAAUUGUCUACAAUAAUUAAUGUACUGUAUUUUAGGUAAAUGAUUUAGAAGGAGUUUUGGAAGGUUAUGAGCAAGAAGUGAUGCGUUUACGCCAUCGUGUUGAUGAAGAUGAAUUACGUUGGAAGACUCGUGAACAAGAACUUCUUGAUCGUCUCGAGGAUGGAGUGAGCCAUGAGCGAAAACUAGAAGAUCAAAAACACAAUCUAGAAGUCUGUUUAUCUGACCAAACUGUUCAGAUCCAAGAACUGAAAUGUAAAUUGAAUGCAGCAGAGGGCCGUAUUCGCUCUGCAGAUACUCAACUUGGAGAUUUAGAGCGCACCAAACGUGAUGUGGAGAGUCGACUAAAUGUUAUAUGGUCAACACUAAAACGAGUUACGGGUAUGCAAGCAGAUGGUUCUGUGAGGAUAAGAAAAUGGAGUCCUAGUAGAAGUAAAAAUAUUUAUUUUACAUUUUUAUUUUUAUUCUUACAGCUUAUCAUACAUAUUAUUAAAUGUCAAGCAUAUUAAACUUUUUAGUUUUAGAACAAGGACCUGAGCAAAUUCGUAUGGAAAGUAAAAUAGUAGACCCUGAAGUAGUUAAAAAGGGUGUAAGAAACUUGAUGCAACAAGUUGCACAAGUAGAAAGAGAAAAAGAUGAUUACAAAUCUCAAGUAGCAAAUAUGAAUAGACAAAUUGAAGAAAUAGGUGAUAUUCAUAAGAAAACUGACAACAAAUUAAAUUCAACCAUUCAGAUUUUAAGAAAACUUCAAGAUGAAAAAGUCGAACUUGAAUCAAAGCUUGGCCAAAAACAAUCUAUACUCUUAUCCCAAGUAAACAUAAUUACAUUUCAUUCUAGUUUGCAAUGUGUAGCUUAUAAAGUAUUAAUAAACAAAUUGUUUACUUAAUUACAAAUCUUUGAUCUAGGCAGCAGAAAUUAAAGAAAAGUCAAACGAGAUUAAGAAAAAUAAAGAACUAUUGACUAGUCAUGAAACCCUCAUGCAUGCUGACAAAAAUGAAAAUAUUCAAUUAAAAGAACGUUUAGAAAAACUAAAACAUCAUUUGAGUCAAUUAGAAGCUGAAAAAAGACACUUACAAGAUGAAUUAACUCAAACCGAAUCAAAAGCUACAAAAUUGGAAAUACUUAGAAUUGGACUUGAUGGAGAUUUGCAGAGGUUACAAAUGAUGUUGCAAGAAAAGGAUGGUCAUAUACAAGUAAAAUAAUAUACACUUCAGUUUUUUGAAUUGAUUUAUCUUUAUUUAUUUAAUUGAUUUAUCUUUAUUAUAUUUUAUUUUAGAAACUUGAAGAUAAAUGUGAGAGUCAUUCUAAAGCUUCUGCUGCACUCGAGGAAAGAUGUGUUUCAUUAAAUGCUGCGAUUGAGCGUUUAAAUGCUUCAUUAGCACAGGCUACUGCUAAUGAAUGUGAUUUAAAGGCUCAAAUUCAGGCUCUUCAAAGGUCUUUGCAUGAUGCUUCUAUGAGUUCUGCUUCACACAGUGACAAAUAUAAACAAGUAAUUUUUUCAUAAUAUUUCAAAAAAUAUUUACUAUUUUAUUUAUCAAAUUUGUAUUUAUCAUUAUAAUGGUUUUAAAUAUUAAUUUUUAAAUGUUUAGUUGCAAAGAUCAUUACAAAAUUGUGAAAAUGAGAAAAAAAUUGCUUUGGAACGUCUAGAAGUAGCACAACACAAUUUAGCUGAUUGUCGCAGAGACCAACAGUCAGUGAAUGAGUCUAUUAUUAGACUUCAGAUGGAUUUAGAAAAUAAAGAAAUACAAAAAUCUAAUUUAGAAGCUCAGUUAAGAGCUUUGGGAAACAAAUCAUUGCCAAGACAAUCAAAUAAAGAUCUCUAUGAUGAUAGCUCAGAUCUAAGAUUUAAGUUACAAUCACUUAAUGAUAAGGUACAAUCAUCAUUCAUAAAUAAUAUAAAAAAUAAGUAAUAAAGUAUUAAAAGUUGGUUUUAUGUAUUAGGUGCGUAUAUUAGAAUCAGAAAAACGAAGUUUGGAGAAAAAAGCUUUAUCAAGAAGUAAAAGUUUUGAAAGGGUAGAUUAUGAAGGAAAAUAUAGUCAUGGUGGUCGCUUUUUAGAAGAAAAUAGAGAUUUGAAAAAUAGAUGUGAUGAUUUAGAAAGAAGAUUGUAUGAAAAAGAAAUUGAAUUGAAAAAUCUUAAAAUGUCUUCUGAUUACAGGUAAUAAUAGAUGAAUAGUAAAAUUAAUUAAUAUUUUAUGUUAACUAAAAACAUUUGAUUUUUUAUUUCUUCUAGCUCAAAUAUACCUGUAAAACAUACAGAUUUAGAACGUUAUCGAGCUGGACAGUUACAAGCUGAACGUAUGUUAGAAGCGCGUGAACAAUCACAUAGACAACAAAUACAUAGAUUAGAAAACCAAGUAAAACUGUUUUUGAUAGUAUGUAAACUUCAAAUAUAAAAGUAACAGUAUGGCUAUUUUUUUUAGGUUGCGAUGUUAAGGGAUCAGUUGACAGAAGAAACUAAGAGACGUCAAGCAUACAUAAACAAAACUGCCAAAACUAACCGCGAAACUUUGGCACUGAGACAAGCAUUAGACAAGUCAUUGUCAAAAGUUGCUCAAGAUCCAUCACCAGAUGCUACUUUAUUGAAACACGAAGCACGCACUUUGCAUCAUGCCAUUCCUUUGCCUAAGUAGAUUAUUAUUAUUAAUAUACCAUAUGUUUCUCAUAACAAUGCAUAUUAUGUAGUUCCUAUGUUGUAUGGAGAGCACUCUUGUAAUUUUAGUAAUAGUCGUAUCAAUCGUAUACUAAUCGUUGAUACAAUUGCAUUUCAUUCAUCAAAAUUCCUAUUAUAAUAAUAUUAAUAUUGUUAUACAGAUUUUUUUUCCUGUCUUAAUUGUUUAAUGCUAUUUAUUCAACGUAACCGUAAUUAAUAAAAAAACAAUAUAUAAAUAUUAUAAAUAUAUUAAGAAUAAAUAAUGAUAGUUUAGUGAAUUAUUACCUAAUAUUAGAUUAUAAUUGAUAAUUAUUGUUUAUUAUACAUAAAUAGCUGAAACUAAUAUUGCACAGCAUAUUUUAUAUUUUUUAAACUAAAAUAUUUAAAUAAUUUUACAAACAUUUCAAAAACAUACCAAUAAAGUAAGGGAAAAGAAACAGUUUAAAUAAUGUAUUUUUCAUUUGUGUUUGUGUUGAUGAUAUAAUUGUCUUUAAAACAAUCAUACAUACUUAAUCGUAACAUUUCUAUACAUAAUUAAUUUAAGUUAAUCUUUUUUUUAUAAAUUAAAAAUACUAUAAGUAUAGGUAAUGCUUAAACAAUGCAUACAUUUAAUUUUAAGUAGGUCCACAUUUUUAUUUACUUACUAUACAUAUUUAAAUCAAAAUUUGUUGUUUUCUUCAUACAUUAAAAUAUAUGAUUGUAUAACACAAAACUGGUAAAUUUGAAUAUUAUCUCGGAC